GAACUUCCGCCGACAUCCCGACCAGGCCCUAGGAAAAUGGCUAUCUGCGGUACUGGCACCACCUUAAUGCUAUGGUCUCUGACUAUAAUUCUUACUUCUGCUCAACCCACGGAUACCUGGCACCGAUUGCCAUCUUUGGAAACCUUCUCCAGUUAUGAGGACAUGCAGCGCUACUUCGAUCAGCGGAACAUGCGCAGCAUGCGGCACAUCGACAAUCCCACGGAGGACAGCUACCUGGAGGCCUUUAAUCAAUACAACGAGCAACUGGCGGAGAAAUCCCAUUCCAGGAUGAAACGAGAGCAAAGGGAACUGCCCACCGCUCCAAGGAUGCUGCGCUUCGAGGUUGCCGAUGCUGUGGAACCAAGCCCCGAAUUGAAACAGAUCCUGCGACAAUACCAUGCCAGGGCACUGAAGGAGAAUCCUCCAAAGGUCUUGAGUAUCACCACCCAGGAACCACCAGCGGCUAGUAGCACCACUGUUAAGAGUGCUCGAAACCGAAAACCUCGCCGCCAAAGACGAUCCACAUUCCCUGGACAGCAGCCGGCUGAGUUUAAGGUCCAAAUGAUUCCCUUUGAGGAGACGGAUGCCCGGGAACCAGAUGCCCUGACAGCCCAGCUGAUCAAGAAAGCCCGCACCUUGGAUCUCCAGAGUCAGGCCACCAGAUCUUCUACCCUGGGCCAGCAAGUGAAGCCUCAGACGGGCAAAAAGCAGUCCUUCCAGGUGCGCAUCCGGAAGACUAAGCGCUCUAAGCGAUCGGCUCCUCCACCGCAAAUGAUAAAAUUCGAGCUGGCUGAUGCCAAGCCCCUGCCCCAGAGAUCUGCAAAGCAAAUCCAUCUCCCAGAGGCACCCACUCUGCUGACCAUGGAAACGGAGGCCAAGAACCAGACCCAGACCACCACGCCCUUGCCCCGAUUGGAGGAAAAUGACAUACUAACGGGGGAGGCUACGGCGGAGACCAAAAGGAUGUAUGUUUACAAGGAAGCUCCUCACAGUUCCGGACACUUGAAGACCAAGAAGUCCCUGAGCGCCCUCCCCCACGAAGUGCAGAAGGUAAUCAGUCAUCUGAUGAAAGAUGGCCAUGGCGGAAAGGCCUACGUCAAGUAUCUUCCCGCCCAAAAAUCCGACUACGAGCUCUUCAAGGCCAAGUCUGUUCCCUACGGUAUCAAGCCCUUGGGUAAUUAUGUGAAAUACGUUAAGCCCACGGAUCCUGCCCCCACGCCGGCGGUGCAAGUCCACAUCCAGCCCGUGCCCGUGGUGGAGCAGCUGCGUUAUGUCUACAAGCCGGUUUAUGCCGCGCCUGCCCCCACCAUCGCCCAGCCUAUUGUGGUGCAAGAUGCUCCGGCUACCAGCAGCACGGUGGAGGAAGUGCAUCACACCUACACAGCCGAGCUGGCGCCACCGCCCACGCAAUCCCUGGACGUCGUAGUGCCUCAGUUCCGGCCCUCCAAGCCGGAUCCUCUGCUGUCAGAAGUGCCGGCCAUUUACGGAAAGCCCGCCAGCCAGGAGCCAUAUCAGUACGAAAUCCAACAGGAGGCCUCUCCCCUGAUCAAGAUCGAGUACCACGCCCCGGCUGACACCAUCAAAGAGCACUACAAGCAACUGCCGGAGUUCCAGCAACUGUCCACGCUGAUAGGCAAGUCGCCGGAUGACCAAAUCCACGGACUAACCUACCUCCUUGCCAAGGAGAUGCAGGCCAAGAUGCAGCGGCAGGGCAAGCAGUUGCUGGAUCCCCGUCCCCAGGACAGCACUGCCCCCAUCCUCUUCCAUCCAGCGGUGCAGGCCCCUGCAGUGUCGGUGGCACCCACUUUGAAGACUCUUCUGCAGGAUCAUGGCUCCUUGGGCGUUCAGCCGGGACGACUGAUCGGCAUGGCCAAGACUAAGCAGUACGUGCCCAUCAUCGAGCCGGGAAACAACGACGUGAAGGAGUUACCGGCCGUGCCAACCAAGCUGCCUACGCCCAGCUCGUACAUCGACUACACCCAUGGCCAUGGCCUGUCCAACGGCUAUGAGGGCGUGGCCGAUACGGAGGAGCCUGUGACCACGGUGGAGCAUGUGGUGCACCAUCCCACGGUGGCCACGCUGCAUCCCAAUCCGCAUCAGCACCACCUGCACGAGCCCAGCCACAAUCUGGUGGCCACCGUCCUGCCGGCCGAGCUGGAUGCCGACAAGGGUGUGAAAGGAUUCCACUUUGUGCACGACCAGGACGAUAAGUCGCUGCAUGAGUAUGCCUCAAAGUAUGCGUUCGGUUAUCGCAUACGUGAUUUCCAUACCGGCAACGAUUUUGGCCACAAGCAAAACCGGGACUUGCACGGCGUGACACGCGGCCAGUACCACAUUUUAUUGCCGGACGGACGGAUCCAGAACGUGAUAUACCACGCCGACGACUCGGGCUUCCACGCGGAUGUCAGCUUCGAGAGCGGCGCCAAGCACUGA